AACCGGAUAUAAAUUUCCUGGAUCUCGUCGACAUCGUCGGUAUUUUCAACGUGUUUGCCAAAGGUGAUCGUUCCGAAUCGCACAUAGGCAUUUCCCCGACCGAAGUCACUACGAAGCACUCAUUUUCAACGCGCUUGUGUGAACUUUGACGGCCUGCCUGGAAAUCUUGCAGCUGUCUGUCAUCUAUGGCGCUUCGCUACUGCUCGACUUUCUUCGUCCUCGUCGUCGCCUUGAUUUGUCUGUCAGCGACUAAUGGUUACCCGCAAACCAUUUACGACGACGAUUACAGCGUGGGAUUCCGCUCAAAUGACGUAAAACCCAUAGGAGGCCUUCGACCCGACCUUGUACGUGAACUCGGCAUUUUGCGACGCAUGGUUUACGGCUUGCUGGUGGCGAAUGCAAGAAGCAAUCCUUUGCCUGCAGCAGAGAACAGGCUGGACACCGGAAGCGACCCAUUACAACAGCAACAACACCACCAACAACAACAGGACGGCACGGAUGCCAGGCCGAAACGCACGUGUCUCUUCAACGGCGGCAUGUCGCAUAGCUGCGAUUACAAAGACGUCGUCGGAGCCGUGAAAGAAGCCUCCUACUGGAACUCCGACAUGUCGCCGGGCCGGAAGAAGCGGGAUGCCCUCCGAAACGUCAUGUUCCGCAAGGCCAACAGCGGCGACAGGAAAUUCCGUGGCGACGAUGACGGCAAUAAUAAGAGAGUCCCUCUUAGAUCUGAAUCCGACGCGGCGCCGCACGCUGCUGCUGCCAACAAAUAAAGCAAACUCGAGCUUGAUUGAGCAAUGACUGGCAUUCCCCCGGAUCUCAAGAAACUAUAGGAAACUCGCUCGACUUCAUCCUAAAGCCGCUGGGUUUCCCGCUGACCUUCCUAAAGACGAAUUCCGCGAUCUGCUUUACUCUUCUAAUGAUACACAGCUUUAUAAAUAAGCCGUCUGUUGCAUGCAGAAACAAAAAUUGCCAAAAAGAAGCCUGCAAAUCGGGUCUGUUACGCAAAUCCGCAGCCUCGCGGGUCUUUAUUACGAGUCGUCAUGUCGGAGGAAUGUCUUGAAUUCUUGUAGCAUGCGUGUAGUUUGAUUCUUUUUUUUUAUGGCACCUUUCGCUUGAUCCUUUUUCUUGCUAAGUACAUUGAAAGAAACAAGUUGGAAGAAGAAAAAAACCUGAGAAAUCGUUGUAGUUGUCGAUGUGGCUGGGUUUCUCACGAGAUACAGUGAAAUAUUUCAGAAGUAUGGAGGAAAUACGGUGGAAAUAAAUUCGAAGCUUCGCGCUGCUCAGAAUCAA